AUGAUAGUUUGGUGGUAUUGUUGGGGUUGUCGUGGUGUAUGGGCGUGUUUCGCCGUGAAGACAAGACUGGUGCGUGCGUGCGUUACCUGUACCGAUGGAGCAUUCUUUCUUACUGACCCCUAUGAACAUCAGCUUGUAUCACUGCAAGAUGAAGGAAUCAAUUUUACUACUGCUACUACCACUGCUAUUACUACUACUACUACUACUACUACUACUGUUAUUACAGCCUCAACUACUAUAAAUACUUCAAUCCAAAGAAUACUUCGAGAAAAAGCGAAAACAUUUGGGCAAAAUGCGAAAGAGAUUCAGAAAGUCAAAUAUUAUCUGGAAAAAAUUCAAAAAUUUGAAGCUGAACAACAUCCAGAGGAAAUUCUUCAACGAUAUACCACAAAACCCUCCGGAGCGUUAACAAUAGAAGUUGCAAAAUUUGCACAACGGCAAAAAGACAAUACGUUAAAUCCCGAAGAAAAUGGUCGAUAUUAUGAAGGUGAUAUUGUUUUGGAUGCAGAACAAGCACAUGAGAUCUAUGAGAGAAUGUUACAGCAUGGACGACGUACGAAACGGAAAUUUAUCCGUUCCGAAUUACGACGAUGGAAUUCUCAUAAACCGAUCAUUUAUAGUUUUGAUGGGUCACACACCGUACGUGAGCAACGGGUAAUUGAGUUGGCGCUUGAACAUUGGCACAAUAUAACAUGCUUGAAUUUUGAGCGGAGAGAUAAUGAAAUUCACGAGAACCGAAUCGUUUUUACGGAUGUGGAUGGAUGCGCAUCCAAUGUUGGUAGACAUCCACUUGGCGAACCGCAGUUUGUCUCAUUAGCACCAGAAUGCAUUCGAUUAGGAGUGAUAGCACAUGAAGUGGCGCAUGCAUUGGGUUUCUGGCAUGAGCAAUCUCGACCUGAUCGUGAUAACUAUGUUACGGUUCGCUGGGAGAAUAUUGAUCGUGAUAGCAAGGGACAGUUUCUAAAAGAAUUGCCGGCUGAUGUGGAUAACGGUGAUGUGCCCUAUGAUUAUGGUAGUAUUAUGCAUUACAGGAGUAAAGCAUUCGGUCGAUAUGAAGAUUUGUUUACACUGAAUACGAACAUUGUGGAUUAUCAAAAGACCAUUGGACAACGAGAUCAAUUAUCAUUCAAUGAUAUUCGUCUCAUGAAUGUGAUAUAUUGUAGCGAUUCAUGUGCAGAGAAAUUACCCUGUCAACGUGGAGGUUACACGGAUCCAAGACGAUGUGGACGAUGUCGUUGUCCAGAUGGAUUCACUGGAAAACUUUGCGAACGGGUAAUGCCAGGAUAUGGAGCAGAUUGUGGAGGACGUAUGGAAUUGACAUCAAGUUGGAAGCGUAUUGCAAGUCCAAAUUAUCCCGGAGAUUUUAAAGAGGGACAGGAAUGUAGUUGGCUUUUGGUAGCUCCACCUGGUCAACGUGUACAGUUACGCUUCUACGGUGAAUUCGAGAUGUACUGCAAGGUGCGACAUUCACUUUGCAUGGAUUAUAUCGAAAUACGCAAUUCAACUGAUUUCGCCAAUACCGGAAUGAGAUAUUGUUGUUAUGGAACGCCACAAUCAUCGAUUAUGUCAGCUACUGAGGAUAUGUUGGUACUAUUCCGAUCAUUCUAUCGCAGUGGCAAAGGUUUCCAGGCGCAGGUACGCGCCCUACCAACAACUGGUUCGUUCUUGGCGUGGUCCGAGUGGUCUGCGUGCAAUGCAUCGUGUGGCGCCUGCGGUAUCAGGCACCGUCGACGUAUCUGUGUCGAUGGUGCCUGCAUGUUAGUUUAG